AUGUCCUCUCCUGCCGCAACUGUCGAUCCCCUCGCACGGCUCCGGGCGUUUCCCCGCGCCCCGGCACCGAACGACGACCCGACCUCGGUAAAGACCAACUUCCCUCAAGAUGAUGUCGUGCUCAACCAAAACAUCCUCGCCUACCACAUCGGCCACCACCCCGACAGCAAAGUCUUCGGCCACGCGCAGGCCGGCCACCUCAAGCUCAUCGAGCUCCACGCCCGCGACCGCCGCGACGCUUCCACUCCCGCCAACGUCAGCGCGCUGGAUGGCAUCAGCUCCGCGAACCUCGAAGCAGUCACGGUGUGCGAGCUCACCGUCACCGAAGACAUGCUCAACGUCCACGGCACGUUCGCCGGGCCAUGUGCGGUUUCAAUCAUGGACCUGUGCACCUUCUCCUCCCUCUUCGCGCUCUCCACCCUUAUCGGCACCGACGCCUCCGGCUUUUCCGCCUCGAUGAACGUCGUCUGGCACAACGUCGCCACCAAAGGGACGACGCUCCGCUUCGUCAGCACCUCCAUGACCGCCAAGGGCCGGACGACCUCCGCGCGCUGCGAGGCGUACGACAAGAAGCGGGGCACGCUCGUCGUCUCCGCGACGCAGCUCAUCACGCCCGUCCCGCUGGGGCUGCCCACCGGCGCGCGUGCGCGCGCGGCCCUCAAGGCGAAGCUCUGA